UUUGGGUGAUUUAAUUUUUUUUCACCGAAAAAUGGGUCAAGUAUCCAAAGGAUGAAAAAAAAAAAUUGAAUAUCUAAAAGGUGAAAAAAUCAAGAAUUGAGGGCCCAAUUAUUGUCUUUUAACUACUAAAAAUAGAGUAUACCAAAAUAUCUCCUCCCAAAUUUCCCACCCUCCCAAAAUAUCAGCUUAGCUAACUCGCGAAAAACAGAAACAGCAAAGUCAGUUAAGAUUUAAGAACAGAAAUUACGCCGGAGAUUUCAAUUUCCCGAUGAUUCAUCGCCGGAAACCCUAAAAAUCCGAUCAGAUUCACAGAAAUGAGCCGUAAAUCAGUCAACCAACGAGGAAAAAUCGAUCGAGUUACGACAACGACGACGACGAUGAGAGUGAAAAAGGCGGGGAAGAGAUUAUUGAAGUACGAUGAAUUGCCGGAUUAUAUGAAAGAUAACGAUUUCAUCUUAGAUUAUUAUCGUUGUGAAUGGCCAUUGAAAGAUACAUUUCUCAGCGUUUUUUGUUGGCAUAAUGAAACGCUCAACAUUUGGACGCAUUUGGGAGGGUUUUUGAUAUUCGCGGCGAUGGCGGUGGCGACAUUGAUGGAGAGCUCAAAGGGUGAUGGAGCUUUUUCCAAUUUUUUUAGGACUACUUUCAUUGCAACACCAUUGAUGACAAUGUUGACAAUGAAUUGGAGCAAUGGCCCGAGAAAUAUGACUCAGGGUGGACAUCAUAGGAACUUCUCUGAGUCCUCACUGUUGGACACCAGCGCAGAAGGCACUGAACUCAUACCAAUGUGGCCUUGGUUUGUCUUUCUAGCAGGGGCUAUGUGUUGCUUGGUUUUCAGCUCUGUCUCUCAUCUCCUUGCCUGCCAUUCAAAGCGCCUGACCCGCUUCUUCUGGAGUCUUGACUAUGCCGGCAUCUCAGUCAUGAUAGUCUGCUCUUUCUACGCCCCAGUUUACUACUGCUUCUAUUGCCAGCCUUUGUUUAGCCUUUUAUAUCUCACUUCCAUCACCAUUCUUGGUAUUCUUGCUAUCAUUACUCUCUUCACUCCCUCUCUCGCCCAACCUCGUUUCCGUGCUUUUAGGGCCUGCCUCUUUCUUGGAAUGGGUUUCUCUGGGGUGAUUCCUUCGGUUCAUGCAGCUGUACUUCAUUGGGAUCAUCCACAGCUGUUAGUAGCCCUUGGGUAUGAGGUUCUUAUGGGUAUCUUAUAUGCCACCGGAGCUUGGUUUUAUGUCAGUAGGGUUCCUGAACGAUGGAAACCAGGUUUCUUUGAUAUUGCAGGACACAGUCACCAGAUCUUUCAUGUGUUUGUUGUCGGAGCAGCUCUCACUCAUACCGCAGCCAUUAUGAUACUUCUGCACUGGCGACAGGGCAUGUCUACUUGUUUUUAGUUUGCAAACAACAGAUAACAGCAGCAAAAAUUCAGCUGUUUGGAUUGUAAUCAGGAACUUGUAGCAGACACACAUUCUUUAAAGGAUGGUGAUAGAAGUACUAAAUCAAUUGUCACUCAAGUUUGUAAAGUAAAGGCGGAAAAGGAAAUGUUGGUAGAAGCUCCAUUACUAACUGGUAUAUACAGCUAAACAAGCUUAUUGCUUCUCAGAAACCUUAUUAUAUUGUGUAAAUCUUUAAUUGAUUCUUGAAGAGGAGGAUAAUGAUAAAUACUUUUGUUUCAAGAAACAUCAAUUAGCUAUAGGUAAAUUUCGUGCUUCAAUUUUUAGUGUAUGAAUAAUGUAACACUCUGAGCUGAA